AGAUUGAAGAUUAGUUUCAAAUGGGGGUCGAUUUGGACAAAUGGAUCGCCAAGGUCCGGGACUGCGAAUAUCUACCAGAGAACGAUCUCAAAUGCUUGUGCCAAAUGGUGAAGGACCUGCUGGUGGAGGAGAGCAACGUGCAACCUGUGCAGGCUCCUGUCACAGUGUGCGGAGACAUACACGGGCAAUUCUACGAUCUUCUGGAGCUGUUCAAGGUUGGGGAGGAAGUUCCAAACACAUCAUACGUAUUCAUGGGGGAUUUUGUUGAUCGUGGCUAUAACAGUGUAGAAACCUUCACCUUCCUGAUGCUCUUGAAGGCUCGAUAUCCAGCCAACAUCACACUUCUACGGGGAAACCAUGAAAGUCGUCAAAUAACACAGGUGUAUGGGUUUUACGAAGAAUGUCAAAGGAAGUAUGGAAAUGCAAACGCAUGGAAGUAUUGCACGGAAGUUUUUGACUAUUUGAACGUGGCUGCAGUCAUUGAUGGACGAGUUCUGUGCGUACAUGGCGGCCUGUCACCAGACAUCGUCACUCUAGACCAGAUGCGGCUCAUCGAUAGAAAUCAGGAAAUCCCUCACGAGGGAGCGUUUUGCGACCUUAUGUGGUCGGACCCCGAGGACAUCGAGGAAUGGUCGGUGAGCCCUCGUGGGGCUGGUUGGCUGUUCGGUUCCAGGGUCACAGCAGAAUUUUGCGACAUGAACGGGCUGGAGCUUGUAUGCCGUGCCCACCAGCUCGUGCAGGAGGGCUUCAAGUACAUGUUCCCCCAACAGAACCUCGUCACCGUCUGGUCAGCCCCCAACUACUGCUAUCGCUGCGGGAAUGUCGCGGCCAUCCUUCAAUUUGACGAGAGCCUGCAUCGCAACUUCCUCCUCUUCAACGAAGUCCCUGAAUCUGAGCAGUCUAUGCCCUCCAGGACUGCAGCGCCGUACUUCUUCUAAAGAAAUCCUCACAGUGAACAUGUGAAAAGAGGCUCGGCCACUAGAAUUUCUCUUCAAGUUGUAUAGAUGGUAGUUUCAUGCAAGUUCUUCCGCCGAAGUAAAAUCGUCUCCCAUGGACCC